AUGCCACCGAAGAAGACCACCACCACGGGAGGAGGAGGAGGAGGAGAAAGAGGACAAAUAGGAGGAGGAGACGCGAACUUGAAGCAAAAGUCACCGGCGGAAUUUUUCCAAGACAACAAAGGCAUCGCCGGGUUUGAAAACGCGGGGAAAUCUUUAUACACGACGUUGAGAGAAUUCAUCGAAAACGCGUUAGACGCGGCGGAGCACAUCGGGGUUCUGCCGCAAGUGGACGUGUUAGUGGAAGAGGUGACGCUGACGCAGUACGAGACGAUGAUUGGAUUGGACGCGCACGUGAGGAAAGACGAUACUUUAUACGACGAUUUUGAGACGGAAAAGGCGAGAGCGAAACGGUUGGAGAGAGAAGCGAAGGUGGAGAUGCAACUCGAGAAGGCGGCGGCGGCGAAUGCGAACAAAGGGAAGAAAGGAGGCGGUCGCGGGAACGCGAACUCCUCGAAAGGCGAAGAGAAGAAGUCGUAUUUUAAAAUCACCGUGAAAGAUAACGGGAAAGGUAUGGAACACAGCGACAUACCGAACAUGUUGGGGCGAGUAUUGUCUGGGACGAAGUACGGGGUGAGACAAACGCGAGGGAAGUUUGGUUUAGGAUCUAAGAUGGCGUUGAUUUGGUCGAAGCAAACGACCGGGUUGCCGAUUCGAGUGAGGAGCGCGCAGCCGGGGCAGAAUUUCGUCUCGGAAUACGUAUUGGAUAUCGACAUCGAGAAGAACGCCCCGAACGUGCACAAAGAGGAGAAGAAACCAAACACGACGAAAUGGCACGGCGCGGAGUUGUCCGUAACGAUUGAGGGAAAUUGGACGAGUCAUCGACAGUACGUGUUGGCGUAUUUGAGACAAUUGGCGAUUGUGACCCCGUACGCGGCGCUUGGGUUUCGGUACAUCUCUUCGCACGCGGCUGGGAGCGCUGCGGCUAGGAAUCAAGACAUUCAGUUACACUUUGCGAGAAGAGCGGAGGUUAUGCCGCCGUUACCGAGAGCGACAAAGUAUCACCCGAGCGCGGCGAAAGAGAAUCAGUUGUUGGUGAAAGAUUUGUUGUCGAAUACGAGAGAGAAGACUUUGAGUGGUUUUUUCAACAAAGAGUUUACGUGCAUCAACCGCGAGCACGCGAACCGAUUGUCGAGAGAAUUAGGGGCGGGAUUUUCCGCCAGCAUGCACCCGAAGAACGUUUCGGACAAGCAAGGCGCGAGAAUUCAACAGCUGUUAGCGUCGGCGAGAUUUUCAGAUCCAAGCGGAGAGUGUUUAUCCCCCGCGGGGGAGUAUAACUUACGUUUAGGGGUCAUGAAAGAACUCGGCCCGGAUUGGAUCGCGUCGUACGCGUCUCCAGCUUUGGCGUGUGGAGGCCAUCCUUUGAUUGUGGAAGCGUGCGUGAGUUUAGGUGGAAGAGACGUGAAACCCGGGUUCAACGUCUUUCGAUUUGCCAACCGAAUUCCGUUGUUGUUCGAAGGCGGCGCCGACGUGGCGACGAGGUGCGUACAACGUUUGAAUUGGACGACGUAUAAGAUCGACAAGAACAACGACAAGAUUGGCGUGUUCGUUUCCAUAGUAUCCACGAAAAUUCCAUUCAAAGGUACGUCUAAAGAAUACAUUGGAGACGAAAACGCGGAAAUUGCCGAGGCAGUGGAUAAAGCUAUCAAACAGUGCGCGGCGCAGCUGCGAGGUAAAAUCGUUCGCGCGCAAGCGUUGAAAGAUCGACGCGCGAGGAAGAAGGCGUUGACGAAAUACGUGCCGGAUUGUUGUAACGCGAUUUUUACCAUGAUAGCGUCCGCUGCGGAUGCGGACACGUUACCUCACGAAAGAGCGAGGAAUUACGACGAGAAAGAAAUGUUAUGGCCGGUGGAUGUUCAGUGGGAGGAGGAAGCGACGCAAAAAGCGCGAACGCGAGAGAUCACGGCGGAAAUUUUACAAAAACGUUUAGAAGAGUGCGUGGAAAAGAUCGAUAACGAAGAAGCUUUGGAAUUUUCCAUGCAACAAAACAAAGACGGGUUAAAACAGGACGUGUUUUUGAACCCGUUCAGUAGUUUUGCGCACGAGUACGAACCAGAGCUUCGUCCGGGAGAAAGCGGCGUCGCGUUUCGAUUGUUGAAGAAGGCGCGACUGAUUGCCUAA